AACCCGACAUCAAAUGUCAUAACAAAGCAAUGUGUGGUGUUUUGGUUUUAAGGUUAUGAUAUCGUAAGAAACACAAAUAAUAUCAAAAAUGGGUCUUACAAAGCAAUAUUUACGCUAUGCGCCCAGUGGGACCUUUAAUGUUAUAGCUAGUGCUGACUGCAACAGUGCCCAUGUGUCUUUAAAUGGCGUGAGCGGUCGAUACAUAGCUGUUGGUGCUUGCGAACAUGUUGUGAUCUGGGAUAUGAGGCUUGGCGAGAAGGCACAAGUACUUCCUGGAGAGAACGUUGUAGUGUCACAGAUAGCAGCCAGUCCUAGCGGCAACCACGUAGCGGUCGGCUACGUAGACGGCAACAUAAAUGUGUUUGAAUUAGUCAACAAUGAAAUAGUGUGUGUGUUUGCUGGGCACAAGUCUGCUGUCACAUGCUUGCAGUAUGAUGAGCAGGGGCACCGCUUGGUGUCAGGGGCUAAGGAUACAGAAGUAAUUCUAUGGGAUGUGGUCUCAGAAACAGGCAAGGCUCGGUUCAGUGGCCAUAAAGGGGCCAUAACUAGUGUACUAUUCAUUAAUGGUAAGAACUGUGUUGUCAGCUCUUCCAAGGACACAUUCGUGAAGUUCUGGGACAUUGAGACUAAGCACUGCUUCAAAACUUUAGGAGGACAUCAGAUGGAAGUAUGGUCAGCAGUACUACUCAAAGAGGAAAGGUACCUCGUUACCGGCAGCAUGGACCAAGAGUUGAGAGUGUGGAAACUGAACUGGACAGCUGAUGUUAAAGAUGAAGAGAAAUUAUCAAGACAACUGGAAAUAGUCAAACUUGAAGAGACAGACAAUCUUGAGGACUCUUCUGUCUUACAAUGUCAUCAAGUAGGCACCCUAGUGAGAGGAGGUAAAGGCCGCGUGGUAGGUCUCUCCACAGACCCGGGAAUGAGUGUGUUAGCCUGUCACGGUACUGACGCCCUGUUGGAACUCUUCUCUUUUUGCUCUGAUGAAGAAGCUAAGAUGAGGAUGGAUAAACGGAUUAAGAAGCAGAGAAGGAAAUUGGCAAAAUUAAAAGAAGCAGGCGAGGCCGACGUUGAAACAACAGAAGUGCCAGAGUUACUAACACUGACUGAUGAAGUGAAACGCCUCUCUUCCAUCAAACUGGACGCCAAGUUGAAGUCUACCACAUUGCUGCUUGGUACUACUGGGGAGCUGCGCGUUGGUGUUACUUUAGCUAACAACACUGUUGAACUGCAUAGCUUGAGAAUUGGAGACGGGAGUGAAGUUCAAUGUUUAAAACAAAUAACACAGCCGGGUCAUCAAAAGGAGCCAAGAUGUGUGGCGAUCAGUUCAGACAAUUUAGCUGUUAUUUCGGCGUCCGCUGACUCUGUCAAACUUUGGAGCAGAUCGACGCAAGCCUGCCUUCGUACAAUUCCAAUGCCAUCGUCACGACCAUGCAGUAUAUGCUUCGCGCCGGGCGACCGACACGCGCUAGUGGGCUGCGCUGACGGCUCGCUGCUGCUGCUGGACGUGGGCGCCGGCAGGGUGCUGGAGCAAGUGCCCGCACACACCGCCGAGUGCUCCACUGUGGGACUCACGCCGGACAUGCGUGGAUGCUUCUCGGGUGGCGGCGAUAAGACCGUGAAACUAUGGCAAUUUGAACUGAUACCCGAUCCAACAGGAGAAUCUAAAGCUAAGGUCCUAUCACUCUUGCAUACCAGAACAUUGGAGCUAGAAGAAUCGGUGUGUGCAGUGAAAAUAAGCCCUAACAACAAAUUCAUAGCAGUCGCUCUGUUAGACUCUACUGUCAAGAUAUUCUUCCUGGAUACAUUUAAGUUCUACCUAUCUCUAUACGGCCACAAGCUCCCGGUCCUCUGCCUGGACAUAAGCUACGACUCGAACAUCAUCGCGACCGGCUCAGCUGACCGCAACGUCAAAAUCUGGGGCAUGGACUUCGGCGACUGUCACAAGUCUAUCUUCGCGCACAACGACUCUGUGACGUCACUGCAGUUCGUCCCUUCGACGCAUUACUUCUUUACUACGUCGAAAGAUGGGAAGGUGAAGCAGUGGGAUGCCGAUAGUUAUGAUAAUAUUAUUACUUUGAAUGGUCACGCGGGCGAGUGUUGGAACAUAAGCGUGGGCGCGGGCGGAUUACACGCGGCGUCGUGCGGCGCCGACCGCGCGCUCCGCCUGUACGCGCGGACGGAUGAGCCACUCGUGCUCGGCGACACGGAUGAGCAGGAGGAGGGGCUCGCUACUGGGGAGACACAUGCACCGGUCCCAGGCUUACCCGGUCUAACAAUGCCGACAAAGAAAACUAUCGGAGCUGAAAAAGCUGCCGAUUCCAUAAUGGAAUGCUUAUCUGUGGGUGCUGAGUACAAACGCGAGUUGGCUGAAGCGCGAGGGCAGUUUGUUCAGCCGCCUCUGCUAAUGGCUGCCUAUAACUGCACCACACCUGAAAACUUUUUAGUGGAAAUUAUCAAGAGAAUACGGGCUAGUGAUCUAGAGGAAGCGUUACUCCUGAUCCCAUUCAGCGUAGCCUGCGACAUUGUGAAGAUGUUACCAAAGUUAUUAGACCGCGGCGAUAACACGGAGUUAUUCUGUCGCCUCGCUAUAUUCCUGUUGAAGAUACACCACGCGCCGCUGGUUGCUAACCAAGCCUUGUUGAAGCACAUGAUACAGAUACAGGCUAAGGCUACCAUGAGGCUGAAUGAGUUGAGGGACAUGGUAGGCUACAACGUUCACGCGCUGCAGUGGUUACGCCGCGAGGCAGAGGCGGCUGACAGCGAACAGUUGUUCCGAGAAGCCUUCACUGAGAACAAGAAGAGGGACAAGCGGAGACGCGCCAGAUUAGCUGUCAAACGACCCAUUGUUACUGUCACUUAGAUUUAAGAUAUGAGAAUAAAUAUAGUUAACUUUU